UGUUGAUGUGGCAGCUCUUCAACAGCCAGGUUCCAGCUGGUUGGCUGAACAAGGACAUUGACUCUUUCGGUGUUUAAGAAAGUAUUUGGUGACUAUGGGGCAGACUUGAAUGAUGCCGUUUCAGUGGCAAAAGCGGAGACUUUCGUCUCGGGCGGUUACCCUUUUGACUCGGAUUUCCGGCCGGCUCGGAUGUCCGAAGUCAUGGGUAGCACACCUAAUUGCGACAGGUUUUUUAUAAUACCUUGCAUAAGGAAAAUGGCUACGGAACUUCAACGGUCCAUCUGGUUUUCGUAGCCAACCCUCGUCCAGUUAAUCCCUACUUGCCUACUAUGCCCGACCAAGACGCAGGCUUUACUGUUCACUGCGCCAACCUCAAAUGGCUACCCCUCGCCCCGGGUGUGUUCAUCAAGAUUGUCAAGCUAGUCCCCGAGACGGGGGAGUACACAAUCAUGGUCCGGGCCCAACCGGAGGGUCUGCUUCCACGACACCGCCACGUCGGCAGCGCCGACAUCUAUGUUUUGAAGGGGAGCGGCGCGCAUCCUCAAACCGGGGCGUUUAUGGAAGGUGACUAUGUGUCCGAGAGCAAAGGGGCGGUUCACGACCCGCUGCCUUUUGAGUGUGAAACUGAGCUUUUGAUGGUCAGUCGUGGUCCGUCGGUGUUUCUGGCGGAUGAUGGAUCGGAUAUGUAUACUAUGGAUGUUGCCAUGCUACAAGGUAUGGUAGAAGCAGCAGAGUCGGCUUAGUAUCAAGACCAAUGAAUGACUUAAUCACAUGGAAUCAUUUCCUUUUUAAUUUGAUGUAUACUACUCAUAAAGACUCGUGAGUCGAGUGGGGGG